AUGCGAGGGGCAUCGUUGCAGUACGCCUUCACUUUCUUGUCUGUGGUGGUACUGGUGAUCGCCACGAUAGGGGCCGCUGCUCAAGGCACGAGCUCACAAGGUCGACGGCGAGACGUAGCGCUCAUCGAAAAGUCGAAGCGCAAGUCACAUGUCUCGCGGGAUGUCCCAUUGACCGACGCGACGCUCCGAGUGUUGUAUCAAAACGAUUUGGAUUGGCAAAGAGCAGCGAGCGGCAAUCGUCAAGCGGCAUACAUCUCGCUAACAAGCAGCAAAUUUUCUUUGGCGGAUGCGACAACUGCGUGUUCCGCCUUGUCCGAACAGCUUGCUACCGUCACGACUACGGCGUCCAAGGGAGGCAAACUCAGAGUAUCCGAUGCGGGUCUGCAAUCGCAGUUGAACUAUCUGUUGUACACCAAGCAAGCGGCAUCUGGAGAUGCUUGGUGGACCGCCAAUGGCAAUCGACUGCGCAUCAACGCAGCGGACGAUGUGACGCUCGUCGCAAACAUUACGCGAACCAACAGGUACUUUUCUCUCUGCACGCAACGAGCACCAUGGAACUUUGCCAAUGGAACGGAUACGAGCGUGCAGUGGCAAGUGACGGCCAACGGUGAUGCAGCGAGCUGGACCGGGUGAGUCUGCCAUGCUCAGGAAAGCCGCGGGAACUGCGUUCAUUGCUGAUCGACACGCUUCACGUCUCUGCCGACAGCUAUCGCGAUGCCAAGUCGUUUCGCUUCCAGACGCUUCCCUUCGCUAGUGCUCAGCGCUUUUCCAGCUCUACUCCCCUGAUCCCUAGCGGUGCAUAUCGAGCACUUGAUCCGAGCAGGGACAAACAAUGUCCGCAGACCAGCGGCACAGACAAGACCUGGGCAGAAGAUUGCCUCUUCACUAGCAUCUACACACCCGUCAUUCCCAGCCUCUCGCAACGUCGAUCCAAGACGGGCCUCAGACCCAUCAUGGUGUGGAUAUACGGCGGUGGCUUCUCCUCCGGAAGCGGUCAAGACUUCACCUUUGACGCGGGCGACUUUGCCAGUAGGAAUGACGUCGUCGUCGUCACGGUGAGUGGCGGGCGUGGAAAAGCCGCGACAAGGCCAUGCGCGCUGACCGCUUGACACGCAUUAAUGCACUGCGUCGCGACACGCCAGCCUAACUAUCGUCUCGGAUCGUUAGGUUGGCUCUCCAUCGAUGACAGAGCCAAGGGCAACUACGGCAUUUCCGACAUUAUCUCCGUCUUGCAGUGGAUCCAACGCAACAUCGCAGUCUUUGGAGGAGACGCCUCGCGAGUGACGAUCGCAGGACAAAGUGCAGGCGCUCAAAUUGUCAACCUGCUCUUGUCUUCUCCCGCUGCAAAGGGUCUCUUCAGAGGCGCCAUUGUGCAAUCUUCCAGACCCUCGGAUGCGGCCAACACUCUUCAAGCGGCAAGUACCUCCAGCUCAUCCAAUGCGCUCGCCGCUAGCGUCAUUGCCAAGCUGGGAUGUGGAGAUGCCUCGGACAAGCUCGUGUGCCUGAGAGGCUUGUCGCCAGAUCGCUUCCUCCAGACGUCUCAGUUCAGUCGGCCCGUCGUGGACGGUGCGCUGGUGCGCACAAAUCGAUUGGACGUGACGGGCAAGAAUGGUGGUAUCACGAAUGCCGUGCCGACCAUCAUCGGAUUCAUGCGGGACGAGAUGGCUGCGCUCGGAUAUUACCCGCCAGCCUCUCAGACGAACCUUUCGGAGGCGCUCAAGAGCGCAGGUAUUGCCCAAGCGGACAUUUCCACCGUCGUUGCCAACCCCGAAAACGCCUUUCCGGACACGGGUGUGCGAGACACGACUGUGCGCGUGCAGAGCUUGAUCAGCGGAAUAGCUCGAUGCGGUCAGGAAUCCACCAUUGCUGCUGCUGCGCGCAACAACGCGCUCCCGGCCAUCUACGCCUACGUGCAAGAUCAGCGAAGUCUUCAGAUUCCAAAUUACGAUCCAAAUGCCGUUUGUCAAGCCAAGGGAGGCAGUGCCAGUUCUGGCUACUACUAUUGUCACAGUGGAGACCUGCUCACAGUAUUCGGCACGUACGGUUCGGCCUUUGGAAUCUCACCGCGGGACAAUUUGGACAUUACCUACGUCAAUCUGCAGAUGGACAUGUGGGGCGCAUUCGUCAGGAAUGCGGAUCCUAACCUCAAAGCUGGAUACUUGAGCGCCAGAGGAGCAGCCUACGCCACUUCCCUAUCCGCCAUUGCCUCCUUGCCUUCAGGCUGGCAAGGCACUACCGCGUCAAAUUUGGCACUGCUCAGCUUCGGUCCGCGUCCAGUCAUGACCAAGCUGGGAAGCGGCCAAGUGGGCAAACAGUGUCGCGUGCUGGGCAGACCGCUCGAUUAUGUCCAGAACGGCGGAACCCCUAGCAAUGCGGGAAGCAGUGGCAGUGCACGGACCGCUGGCAGCCCCGACACAAAUUCCAAUGCUGCAGCUGCCGGCACUUCCUCCUCCGAAAUGCCCAACCCCUCAAGCUCCCCCUGCAUUGGAGCUUUCUGCUUCGACUUAUUCUGA